UAUUAAUAAUAAUGUGAUAUAAUAGUUAUAUAAAUUUAUAUAAUCUUGUUAUCUGUGUAUUCAAUAAAUAAUUUUUGUUAUUCAUCUGAAUUCCUUAGAUUUUUUAUCUAGAUCCCCCAUGGGAAAUAGAUAUUUUAAUUAUUAGAAUGAAUAAAUACGUUAUAUACACAUAUUUUCUUGUACUGAGCAUAAUUGGAUUUGUUAGAUCUUCCGAUAAGCAAGGCGCAUCUGGAGCUGGUGAUGAUGACAGUGAUGAUGAAAAUUAUGAUUUAAUUGUAAGAGAAUUAGAAACAUUAAUUGAAGAUGAUAGUCAAACUGUUGACACCAGUGGAGAUACUUCAUCUUCAGUUCCUAUUCAACCUGGUACAUAUUCUCCCCAUCCUUGUUAUCAACCACCACCUCAAACAACAAUUCCACCGGCUCAAACAACAAUUCCACCAGCUCAAGAUCCAAAUCCUAAACCACCAGUUACAGAAGAAGCUCCGAAAUAUUAUUUAAUAUCACCUGAAAAGGGUAAGGACGGGAAAUAUAAACUAAUUCCAAUUACUCAUCUUGAAUAUACACCACCUAAACCUAAACAAAAGCCAAUUUCUCCAACUCGCCUCAGUUCCGAUACCACCCAAAUUAGUCAGAAAAAAGAUGAAGUAAAAUCUACUCCCGGUAAAGAAUUAGAUCAAACUAAACCAGGUUCAAGUGCUAGUAGUGAAGGUGACAGUGAUAGUGAAGAAAACUUUGAUGUGAUAGUAAGUGGAAUAGAGAAAUUACUUGAAGAUGAAGACGCCCAACCAAUUACUCAGCCUGAAAAUGUUGUUUCACCUGGAGCCGAAACACCUGCUGCAGGAACCGAUAAAUUACCUUCAAUUGUGUUUUUAACUGACGAUCCGACCGGUAAACUAGUUCCAAUGAAUGAUAGCAAAUAUAAGAUACUAAUCUCUGAUCGUUUUUCAAUUAAAUUUAAAUUUGGAGCUCGUCUUAUUAAGAUACUCUGCGAUGGUAUAACCGUGUGGACCUAUACACCAGGGUUAUCUUAUCCUAGGACAGUAAUUUUUAGAAAAGUUCAAAACAUAUUCGAAGUCAAUUUUAAUAACAGAGUUUCAUCUUGUAUUCUUCAAAAUGGAAUAUGGGUUGAAAGGGUUGUUUUUGCUCCUCAGGAAUUAAAACUAUAUAGAAAAAGUAGUAGUGGAAAUUAUUAUAGAAUGACACAUAACAAAUAUAAUAUUCAACUUACGCCAUCUCAGUCAUUCCAAUAUGUUUUUAAUACACCAGUUUUGUGCGAGAUGAUCCAAAUUGAACACAAAAUCGUUUGGAUAAGAAAACCAAAUGACCCACCUCUUUUAAAAUUGACCUAUUUUAGCAAAAGUUAUGUAAGAUUAUAUUUUCGAUAUUAUUCGAUCGAAAUUUAUAAUUCAAAUGACUCUGUUGUAACUAAAACUUUCCCUAGAAAUUGAUUUUUAAUUUUUAAACUAAUAAAAAUAUUUUAAAUGUCAGUAAUCUCAUAAUUUAAUUAAACAUAGCCCAUUUGAUAUUUCAAUUUUUAACCUUAAAAUUUUAAAAAUUAUUUUAUAUUUUUACAUUAU